AUGAAUAAGAAGCUAAUGCCAAAUUUGUUAAAGCCGGUUUUUGGACAAGCGGUGGAUUUGAACCUGAUCUACCAUGAAGGAACUCGGGACGAGGCGACGGAGCAAGCAGAAAAGGAAACCCUUGUUGAAUUCAGCAAGGUUAGAUUGUCGAUGGCUUGUGUUAAUGUUUUCACCCAUGCCGUCCAAGUCAAAGGAGAUAAUGUUAAGCCAAGGCACGACUAG